AGAAGAGUGAACUAACGCGAUGAACUAUAAUUAUCGACCUGAUAAUUUAUUGAAGCUACCAAGAGAAAAAAGAUACAAGGUUUCUAAAGCCUGCCUUGGUUGUAGAGUAAAGAAAAUAAAGUGUGAUGGCUUACAUCCUUGUAUGCAGUGUAAAGCUCGAAACAGACAUUGUUCUUUCUCAAGCGAAAAUGCAGCAACUUAUUCUACAGUCAGCACCUGUACAGAGGCACAACUAGAGGAAGAAAAAUAUCGCAAAAAAGCUUCAAGACCAAACAUAUCAGCCUUUUCUCUAUCUAAAGAACAAGAGCUACUAAAGAAAACUUCCAGCCUAUUAGAUCGAUUGAGUACAUUGUCUCCAGGUGAAGGCAAGCGAGGUCGUUGGCUUGUAGAUAUCAACUUAAUUUUUCAAGGUGAUGCUAGCAACUGUAUUUGUCGAGUUCCCUCACAUGAAACAAUUAAUGCAAACUUGAUUGACACGUUCUUUCACAAUCUAUAUACGGUCUUUCCUAUCCUGCCUAAAUCUAUAUUUUAUCGGCUGUUAGAACAUCAAGAUGCAUUUAUCACACCAUGUUUGUUGUACAGUAUUUAUUGCAAUGCAGCUCAUAAUGAAAACAUGAACAAAGCAAACGAGUACUACCGUCAUGCUCGACUGUUAUUAGAGCGUGAUUUGGAUAGUCCUUCACUCAGUACAGUCGUGUCACUUUGCUUGCUUUCUAUCUUUGAAUCCAACCGAAGUUCUGCAGGACCUCAUGCUGGACCCAAUCAUUCUCGUAUCUUUAGUGACAUGGCAUGUCGUAUGUGUUACGACUUCAAGCUACACAAGAGAUACAGCAACCAUCAGACGGUAGCAACGCUUGAUGAAAUCGAGCUACGUAAACGAACGUAUUGGAUAUGCUAUUGCUUGGACAAGAUGAACAGUCUUGUGACUGGAAAACCUUUCCUGCUUUCUUCAAAAGAUGUUGACAUUGACUUGCCUAUGGUGCUGGGUACGAAUGAUCCUAAUGAAUGCCAAAUCAAUAUGUGCUUCCUGGAACACAUUCAGUUGAUGCAGAUCAGUGAAGAGGCUUUAAAUAUGAAACUUCCAGACCGACAAGCAGGUGCUGUUCGACCAGCAGAAAACGAGCAAUUUGUACUUAGUCUGGACAGGCAAUUGCUAUCAUGGCUUAGAAGACUGCCACCUUCAUUGCAAUGGACAACGCUGUCUACGCAGACUACUCUUCGUUCUCAUGCCUAUAGUGUGCAUUUACAUCUCAUUUACAACUACAUAUCCAUUUAUGUUCUACAACCUAUCACAUCCACGUCUCUAUCAUUAUCGUCAAACUCUCUUUUAAUUCAACAACGAUGUAGUACGGUUGCUACUCAUACUACACAAUUUACGUGCGCCAUACUUAAUCAGCCUACAUUAAUUUUCUCAUUUACUCUUGUUGCUGAAGCCAUUAUGGCAGCUGCUCGUAUUCAUCUUGUGGAUUGUGCCGAUGAAAGAGAAGACAUUGCAAGACAUUCACGCUAUAUGUUUCAACAAUCACUCAGAUGCCUUCGGUCUGUCUUGCAACAACGUGUUAUUCCUAGUAUUCAUGAAUUUACGACGAUGAUUGAGAAAGCAUUAAUAGAUGCAGACACAGGUGAUAGUAACAGUCGCAACAGUAGCCCCAAGGUUCAUGUACUAUCGCCUAUCAUUCCAAGGACCAUAACCACACUUCCAAAGCAAGAGAUUAUGGACGAUAGCUGGUCUCAUGGACGACUCCCAUCCAACAAUGUAUUCUCUUAUGGACUGAUAUCACCUACAUCAAGCACGGCUUCUUCUACAAACGAUAAACAUGAUUCUCUAUACUCACCAUUAUCCUUUCAUCAUUCUAUACCCAUCUCUUCUUCAGAAACAAAACAAGAUCAAAUGGAAAUGUAUUCUGGUAUUUGGUCAUCCAGAUCUAUUUAUGAUUUAGAACAUUCAUUCCCUCUUGCAAAAACAGUGCAUCAUCCGUUUAAAGAAGAAAACAAAAAAGACAAAGAAAAGGAUACAAAGCCAAAGAAAACCGACAUUUAUGUUCCUCAAACCAAUGCGACAAGCCGUUAUGGCCUAGGAAUCUAUGCUUCUGCUCAACAGCAUCAUACUGAAGUGAUUCGUCGUCAUAUACCAGAAAUGAUGUAAAU